CAAAGCAGUGUGCAGGAGCUGACAGGGGAGAGAUCUGUGUUGUUUUCAUACAGGUCUCUCCCCCGUCGGAGAUACUUGUCGAUCACCGUGUGCCGGCAAGUAAGCACCGGCUGGGACCCCACAAUUGACAGCCGAGGCCACGAAUGGCGGCACGGGUAGGGUGUGUACGACCCCUACCCAGAACUGCAAAAUCACAUAUAUACCCAUUGAGAACUACUGAGUGAGCUGUGAUUGGUCACAGCUUAUCACAUGGUACAAGGCUGUUGUGAAUAGCCUUGUACCAUGUGACCUCUGUGAUCAUUCACAGAUUUCACAUGUA